GACUGACUUGGGUAUCUUUUUCUCUUUUCUUCUUUCCCUUACGUACCCCGCGCUCCAAAUCCGCGCCAAAAGAUUUUCUACGGGCCCCUGCUCGUGCACUCAGCCAACAGAGUUGAUCGACGGAGCGGACCAAUUCUUCAUCCUGCAUUACAGUACAGCAUAAGUACUGUAGCCUAUUUUACUGUACCUACCUUGCCUCAUCUCCGAUUUUCAAGAUGGAUGAGAACCCUUUCAACGCGGGUGCUCCCGGUGCCGAGGAGGUCGAUCUCUAUGGUACGUACAAAAAGACAAGUUUAUUCCGGCCACUCGUUAUCGCCUUAAAUUUGUGGUGGUUGAUAAGCAAGGCCUGCCUGGCUAACUUGGUUGCUAGAACUUCUGGAGAUCGACAGAACUGCCACACCAGAUCAGAUCAAGAAGGCUUACCGCAAGGUAUGUGAUCGCGGCUACACAGAUCGUACAGCACUUUCUUACAAAUUCGAAAUAGGCCGCCCUCAAGUAUCACCCAGACAAGGUCGCCGAAGAGCAUCGAGAAGAAUCCGAAGCCAAGUUCAAGGAAGUCACGCAAGCCUACGAAAUUCUCAGCGAUGAGCAGAAGCGCGAGCUCUACGAUGUUCACGGCAUGGCCGCCUUCGACAAGUCCCGAGGCGGUCCUGGUGGUCCUGAGGUCGACCUCAACGAUAUCCUCUCCCAGAUGUUUGGCUUCGGCAUGGGUCCCGGAGGCCCUGGAGGCCCUGGAGGCCCCGGCGGCGCUCGCCGACCCAGACGUGGUCCCGAUGAGGAACAAGAAUACAAGGUGACGCUCGAGGAGCUUUACCGUGGCAAGACUGUCAAGUUUGCUGCGAACAAGCAGGUACUUUGCGGCCAGUGCAAGGGCUCUGGGGGCAAAGAGAAGGCCAAGUCUUCGUCCUGCGAGCGCUGCAAGGGCAAUGGUAUCGUUGAGGCCUUCCGUCAGAUCGGUCCUGGUAUGAUGCGCCGUGAGACCGUUAUUUGCGAUCACUGCCAGGGUGCCGGUCAGGUCUUCAAGGAGAAGGACCGAUGCAAGAAGUGCAAGGGCAAGCGAACAACACAGGAGAAGAAGGUUCUCGAAAUUUACAUUCCCAGAGGCUCCAUGCAGGGCGAGCGUAUUGUCCUGGAGGGUGAAGCCGACCAGUACCCAGACCAAACACCUGGCGAUAUCGUCUUCACCCUUGUGGAAGAGCCCCACGAUGUCUUCACUCGCAUUGGACAUGAUCUGUCUGCUGAGCUGACUGUAUCACUUGGAGAGGCUCUGUCAGGUUUCUCACGAACAGUAUUCAAGCACCUCGAUGGACGUGGCAUUCACAUCGAGCGACCUCAAGGCAAGAUCCUGCGACCAGGUGACUGCCUCAAGGUUCCCGGCGAGGGUAUGCCUAUGAAGCGUGGGGAGACCAAGGGUGACCUCUACCUGAUUGUCAAGGUGGAGUUCCCUGAGGAUGGCUGGCUGAAGAGCGAAUCGGAGUACCAGACACUGCAAAAGAUGCUGCCUCCCCCCCCUGCGAAUGUUGAAGCUGAGGAAGUUGAUGAGGUCGAGUAUGAGGAUGAUGCUGACAUCGAGAAGAUGGGUGAGAACUCGGGUGAUGGCCGAUUCGGUGGUGACUGGGAGGACGACGAGGACGAUAUGGGCGAUGGCCAAGCUCAGUGCCAGACCCAGUGAUCGGUGAUAUCUCUGCAUCGACGAAGAUGGAAUAUUCUUAGAGACGUGAAGUUUCUGCUCUGGAUUAAUGAAGUGAUGACUAUCUCACGAUCAGGGGCAGGUUCGCUGCCAUGGCGAUGGCGGUGCUAGGGCAACAGGUUUACCAGUAUCAGGGCCAAAGUCAGAGGCUUUCAGGAUGACAUCAAAAGGAGAGACGACUGAAGACUUGUUCGUUUUGGAAAGGAAAAUCCAAAAUGGUAUCAUAUCAUGACAGACCAUACACACCAAACCACACCACUCUUGGGUUCAAAGAAGGGACAGGUCUCGGUCUCCAAGGCCGAGAGAUUCCGUUGCAGGAGAUACAUGAUAGAUAGACUCGUGCAUAGACAUAUUGUAGAGGCUUGAGCUUUAAAUUCCCGUAAUUAAUUGGUGAGAUGUUGUGCAAGUGUGAGCGAGAACAAAGGAGAGCGAGG